CCAGUCAGAGUCAGGAUGAAUUCGCUUGGUACUUUUCCCAUGGAUUAAUGGGAGUGUUGUUUUGCAGGUGAUGGCAAAGAGUUGCCUUAUAUCCACAUCAAAAAAUGUUUCUAGGACUUUGUAAAUGUGUUGUUGUGGAUUGAGCAUUGUUGUGAACUGUGUAGGCUGAUGAGAAACAGUGUAAAUUAGUUCAGCUAAUCGAGUGUAUAGGCCUCAUGGGAAAACUAUUACUGAAGGAAAUGACUUGGAACACCUAGAGCUUCAUCCAAUAAUACUUAUAGCAGACUGCUUUUGCAGAGGCAGAAAAAGCCUUACUGGGAACAGAGGACCAUUCAUAAUUGCAACCAGCUGGCUCAAAACAAGACUCUUCAAGGAUAUUUCUCAAGCUUAUGGUUCUGAUUUUGACAGAUGUCUCCAUGCAAGCAUCCUACCUUGAGAGUAUAAUUGAAAUGCUGGUUGUGGAAACAUCAACUCCCUGUUUUUGAACUUUUCAGAGAGACAAAAUGCAACAGUGAGGUCAGACCUCAAUGAGCUUGGUUUUGGGAGAUCACAAGAAAUGAAGCCUUCUUCAGAGUCUUCCAGUUUGCUUCAGAUGUGUUGCAUAUUGGGGAAGAAUGAACAAAACAUACUAACCCGUGAGAUCAUGUGCAAAGAGUUGGAAUCAAGAAGAAAAUAAAAAGAUAGACCACCUACCCACCUCUGGAUCCUUCACCCACAGACAUCCGCUUGUGCAUCUACAAGACAUCCCAGCUUCCUGCAGAGGCAUGGAGGAGGGCCAGGACCUGACCUAUCUAAAUGGUAGCAAGGCUUGGUGGAGGGACCUGUUGUGGAAUGAAUCCAGGCCAUGCAGCAACUCAGUGGGGGGAACCACCUUCCUCAUUGUGGCCUACAGCACGGUCAUUGCCGUAGGGCUGAUUGGCAACACCUGCCUGGUGUUCGUCAUCUCACGACAGAAGGAGAUGAGGAACGUCACCAACAUUUUCAUUGCUAACCUCUCCUGCUCCGACAUACUAGUGUGCAUCGUGUGCCUGCCUGUCACGGCUAUCUACACCCUGAUGGACCACUGGAUCUUCGGGGAGGCCCUGUGCAAGGUCACACCUUUUAUCCAGUGCAUGUCAGUCACUGUCUCUAUCCUCUCUCUGGUCCUGAUCGCACUGGAGCGGCAUCAGCUCAUCAUUCACCCCACAGGCUGGAAACCGGUGGUGGGGCACUCCUAUCUAGCGGUGGCUGUCACCUGGAUGGUGGCCUGCUUCAUCUCCCUGCCCUUCCUAGCCUUCAGUGUCCUCACCAACCAUCCCUUCCAAAACCUCAGCCUGCCCUUCAACCCCUUUGCUGACCAAGUUGUCUGUAUGGAGCGCUGGCCCACAGAGAGCCAGCGCCUGGCCUACACUACCUCCCUCCUUCUCUUUCAGUACUGCCUCCCCCUCUUCCUGAUCCUCAUCUGCUACCUGCGCAUUUUCCUGCGGCUCCGGCGGAGGAGGGAGAUGGUGGAGCGCACGCGGGAGGCCAGGCGCAAGAAGGAUAAAAACAUCCAGAGGGUCAAUGGGAUGCUGGCCGCCAUCGUGGCCGCUUUCGCCCUCUGCUGGCUGCCUCUCAACGUCUUCAACACGCUGUUCGACUGGAACCACGAUGCCAUCCCUGCCUGCCACAACGCCAUCUUCUCUGCCUGCCACCUCAUAGCCAUGGCAUCGACUUGUGUCAAUCCCAUAAUCUAUGGUUUCCUGAACAGCAACUUCCAGAAGGAGCUGAAGGCCUCGCUGUACCGCUGCCGCUGUGGUGGUGCGCCGGAGAGCUAUGAGAGCUUCCCACUCUCCACUGUCAGCACUGAUGCUACCAAGAUGUCCUCCCUUCGCAACGGCUCUCUCAGCAUCACCACCUAGCAGUGCCCUUUGGUACAAGGAGAGAGCAGCUCAGACAGAAAGAGGUUGCCGGGGGUUACAGAGGGCCCGUGUCAGCAGAUUGGCUGUCAUUCAGGACUAUGGUCAAGUCAGUGGUGCUAAACUGUGGACCCCAAAGUGCUGAAGUUUUUUUAAUGGGAUUAUGAAUUCAGCCAUGGCUUACGACCUAAAAUAGAUACUGUACAUCACUUAGACUAAGUUGUGUGUUCUUCAGAACUGAGAAGGAAUGCAAAGAAGGAGAUCCAGUAGCUCUGGAGGACUGGAAUAUUGCACCCCAUUCAUAAACCUUCUCAACAAGUGGAUAUCCUAGUUUUUCCCAAUGCAGGACUUUGUGUUAUCUUUAACUGAACUGAUUAUAACUCUGUAAAAGUAGUGAAGUUAGUCCUUGUUAGUCCAGCAGCUGAGUAGUUAAAAAAAAUCUAUUAUGUAGCUUAAUCCUUGUCUUUGAAUUUUGGGAUCAAACUCACCUCUGUUUCAGUUUUAUUUAUUAUGAUGUAUUUUCUGGUAAAUAUAGCUUUCUCUUUGGAUUUCUCUGAAAUGUCCUUUAUGGAGUGAAACGUUUAUUUUGCAGAACAGGGUCUUUCGUUUUCAUACACAUUCCAAGCAUUAGGGUGUUAAGUAGUGGUAUCCAUUAGAUUAGUGGAUAAAGAAUUAAAACUUAAAAUAAUGACAGUCCGCUACGCAAAGGUGGUGUUGUAUUUAAAUAAAUAGAAAACUCCAUUAAUCCAAACCAUCAUUUACAGCUCUUCUGAUGAUAGCAUAGAUUAGAUCUCUGGAUAUAGAAUGAUUUUACAGAGAAUAUCUCUCAAAGAAAUUUGAAUAUUUUGAAAAAUUACUCAUGAACCAAAGCAGUAGCUGCGUGCCAUUGCCAGCACUUUAAGCCUCCUGAAGGAGAGGUACUGAAAAGAAUUUCAGCCAAAUUUCAAGUCAUGUUCUUUAUAUCAAAAGAUACUUUCAAAGAUGCCUAUAUUGCGUUUUUUGCUGCGAUUUUAACCAAGAAGAGAAAAUGUGUUUUGUGUUCUUAACACAUUUCUGCCGGAGAUACAAAACCCAGGGCAUUAACAUUCAACUCAAUGAAACUCCUGCAUGCUUUUCAAAUAGCCUCAGAAGAACUUUAUUCUUAUAGCCUUGUUUCAGAAUCCACCAGGUAGAUUGUGCCAUUGGAUUAAAGAGAGAACAGGUCUAUGAGCUGACACAUUGAUUUAAUCUCUCUAAAAAGUGAUUUGGAUUGUUAGAAUCAAUGGCAAAACUAAAGGUAUAAACUAUCUGCAAGCCUGUCCCUAUUGCUAAAUGUUUAAAGCAGGAAACAGGAUGUGUCUGUUGUUUGUUGUUCUUGUAUGGAAACAAAUGGACUGUACAACUGUUGCGAUAUGUAGAAGGGGCACGAGCGGUUUUAGUUACCUAUUGCCAGUAGCUGCAUUGACCUACACUUUUGCCAUUGUAGUGUGCUUCAAACACCCACUUCAGUGACGUGUACACGUCUAAGCUUUGCACAGCGUUAAUAUUCCAAGGUAUUCAUAUUAUUGAUGGGUAACCAGGCCUAUAAACUGUAUAAGGCCUGUAUUUGUCAAGACAUGUGUAAUUAUUCAGGCAUGUGCUUAGGGUUAUCUUGUUUGAAAGCCUAUGUUGUUCCUCCUAUACCGUUUGUACUAUUUACACAUAGUUUCUGGCAUUAUCAGAGGGUGACAUUCAUUUUCAGAAAAUAAAUGCAGCAAAGUCUAGUCCAUUUUUGUUUGUGAUGAACACAGCAUUGUCACGUUAGAUUAUAUGUUCGUCUUUCUGUGAAUUCCUUCAAAGUGCAUUUUCACUUUUUUGCAUUUCCUAGAAAAAAUCCCAGUGGAUUCAGCUUUUAAUUUUCCCUGAAGAAAAACUACCCAUACAAACAAAUUCCAUUAAAACUGGGAUAUAGACUCUCUAAAGACAAUAAUUGUUUGAUAAUGUUCUAACUGUUUUGAAAAGAAGUUUUGUUUUGUAUUGUCAAAUGCUUCAACUUGUACGAUUGCGUUGUUUAUUUCUAUAAAUGUUGCACUUAAAUAUAUAUGUAGUCCACUUAAAAACAUUGUGUUUGUUGUGUUUUGUUAACGGUUUUAGUCUAAUAAUGUUUGUUAUAGUAUGGAUGUUUUUCUUUUUUUAAAUGUGUAGGUAGAUCUGGCCUGUUAAAAUUAGGAAUAAGUAAAGGUUUAUUCUAUGCUGAAAACAGAAAAAAGAAACACAACAUUUCGGCUGUGGAGCCUUCUUCAGGUGUGUCACAUUAAUAUAUUACAUUAAUAUAUUCAGUGUCUAGAUACUGUAAACAUCUCUUGCUAUUUCAAUGUUUGAAGUUAAACCCAUCUGGGCCAAACCAGCUUAAAUUUCCCUUCCCAGCCAAAUCCUUUAUCCUUCUGAGUUUAAUUUUCACAGGGAUUUCUUUUGAGUUUUUUUGAGGGGUGUGACAGUCAGAGGUUUUUGAAUUGUGCUUUUUUUAGUCAAGAUCAUUUUAUCUCUUGAGUUGCUAAUACUCAUAAAUAUUAUAUAUGCUUCUGUGACUCUCUCUUAUUGAUAUUGUACUGUUGGUAUAAUUGAAUAGCAAGUCAUACCACACUUAUAAAAUUGUAAUGUGUUAUUUAAUGAGACCUGCAGUUUUCCAUUUGACCUCUUCAGUCCUGUUUGCCUAAUUAAUUAUGUUACUGGUAAACAACUUUUUCAUGAUAAGACAAUAUUUAAUUUUUUAACCUCUAUGUUUAAGCUUUGACAACAAUUUUCCGCAAAAGAAU